UAAAUAAUCUCCACCAAAUCUUUGAAUUUUUUUUUAUUUUGGGCACUAGGCCUGCUAAGUUUUAAGUACUCAUGUUGCAUGUUCUUUAUCAUUUCAUCACUUCUCAAAUUCUUGUCCCAGAAGGUCCACUUUGCAUCAGCAGCAUCAGAUGAUUGAUCUCAGGCUUCUCCGAAGACUCGAUCGUAUGAAACUGCGAAUCGUUUCGACUGUUUCAUGUGUAGCAAUAUGUUUUCUUGUCAUUUUUGCAGAUAGUUUUGCUCUGAAGAAUGAUCAGCAGGAGCUGCAGGGUGCAAAAAGUACUAGGAAAGUACUGGAAUCGGUUUCGAUAAUUGUGCCACAGAGGGAGUCCCCGAAAGAAGAGGUGGAAGCAAGUGAAAAUUGGAGCCAGGAUCAUAUCAGCAUGGUGGCUCCAGUGAAUGUGACUAUGGAAGAAAGAAUUGCUUGGUUCAAGAAAAAUUUGCCUAAUUUUGAGAUAUUGAAGGCAACUCCGAAAGCACUGCAAUUCGAGAAAAGGGCUAAUGAGUUCUUUCGAAGUGAUGAUGAUGAUCACUGCAGAAUUAAGUUCUAUAUGACAUGGAUAUCUCCAGCAAGUUUAUUUGGAGACAGGGAGGUUCUGGCUCUGGAGUCACUUUUCAAGUCUAAUCCAAAUGGAUGUUUGAUGAUACUAUCAAGAAGCAUGGAUUCUUUACAAGGUUCGAAGUUACUUAGUCCUAUUACAGAACAUGGAUUUAAGGUUGUUGCAGUUACUCCUGACUUGUCUUUUUUGUUCAAGAACACACCAGCUGAGUCAUGGUUUGAUGAUCUCAAGAGGGGAAAUAAGGACCCUGGAGAAAUUCCUUUGGCACAAAAUCUUUCGAAUUUGAUCAGACUAGCAGUUCUGUACAAGUAUGGUGGAGUUUACCUGGACACGGAUUUUAUAGUGCUGAAAGACUUUUCGGGGUUGAGGAAUUCCAUUGGAGCACAAAGUAGUGAUGUUAAUGGAAAUUGGACAAGGUUGAAUAAUGCAGUACUAGUUUUUGACAAGAACCAUCCUCUUCUGUACAAGUUUAUUGAAGAAUUUUCUUCGACUUUUAAUGGAAACAGAUGGGGACAUAAUGGACCGUACCUUGUUUCUAGAGUUGCUUCUAAAUUUGCAACAAGUCACGAUUUUAACUUUACAAUCUUGCCUCCUAUGGCCUUUUAUCCGAUUUACUGGACUAGGAUUGAAGGGUUCUUCAAGAAGCCACGUAGUCGGGAUACAUCAAAAUGGGUCGAAGCUAAGUUGUUGCAGCUAAGUGGUGAGACUUAUGGUGUGCACUUGUGGAACAGGCAAAGUAGUAGAUUAAGGAUUGAAGAAGGAAGCAUCAUGGGGAGGUUAAUUUCGGAACAUUGUAUCCUCUGCAAUCAUGUAUAUAGUUCUUAAGAUUGCAGCAUCAUAGGCAACAAAAAGUUUUACUUGUAUAGCUUAUGAUUACUAUGUUCUUUAGUUUUUUAAUUCUUUUCUACAGCCUAAUAAAUAGUCUGUUUUACACCUGCAAAUCAAAAAAAACGUUGGCAAAUACUAUAAUUAUUAAAAUUUUCUCA